AUGAGCGAAAACCAAGCUCCGUUUAAUGCAGACGGGCAAUCUGAACGGCCUCUUACUUCCGCAUGGAGUGUUCACAAAACGGCAGAAGGAAAAACAUAUUACUAUAACAAGGAAACCAAGAAAAGCUCGUGGGUAAUCCCCACCGAGCUUGAUGCCUCUGAAAAAAAGCCUGCCAAUGUCGUGGUCGAGGAUCCUACCUUGCCUGCAGGGUGGAGCGCCUUUAAGACACCAGAAGGCAAAAUAUAUUACUUCAAUUCUGAAGCCAAAAAAUCUUCAUGGACACAUCCUCUUUCCAAAAAUACGGUUCCACAACUGAGGGCAUCGGAGAUCGCAGAGAUGAUCCCGGAAGAUCAGUUUUUCUAUCUUCUCCGAAAAUCGGGAAUUUCUUCCGACUACACAUGGGAAUCGGCCCUUCGAUUAAUUAUCAACGAUCCAAUCUAUUCCUCCGCCCUUAAGACAGUUUCGGAGCGAAAGGAGGCUUUUGCAAAGUAUCUUGUGUUGCAACGAGAGCGAGAAAGGACCUUGGCGGAAAAGGCAGAACAAGAGAAACGCAUGGCAUUUAAGGCGAUUUUAGAAAAAACGCCGAAAAUCCACCUCACUACAAGAUGGCGCUCCGUUAUGCCGCUAUUCACUGGCGAGCCGGCUUUUCUGGCCCUUUCUUCUGAAAGGGAGCGAGAAAUGAUUUUUGAAGAGACAAUAGACAAAUUGAGAGAAGAAAAGCAUGCCUUGGAGCUGGAGAUGCAAAAGAAAAUCAAGGGAAAACUUCGUAUGCUGCUUGAAAAGAUCAAGUGGUCAUUCCAUACGUGUUCGUGGGACACCAUAAUGCCUCAACUUGAGCAGCAGGAUGAAUGGCAUCAAGAGGAUCCGGAUUUUAACGCCAUCUCCAAAUUGGAUCUUUUACUUGCAUAUGAGAGCAUUGUGUUGGAAGACCAGGAGGCUUUUUACCUUGAAGAGCGACGAAGGAAUGAACAGGAAAGAGCUGAUGCAAUUAGACGACGAAUUUGUUUCGCUUUGCAUUUGGAGUCCUUGGUCCACAAGGGGCUACUGACUUCGUCGUCCCAGUGGAUUGAAAAUGCUUACCCAAUAAUCAAGGAUUCUCCCGUAUUCAAAGAGUUGCUUGAAAAAAACGCAAGUGGCAGCUGUCCACUGGAUCUGUUCUAUGAUGUCAUUGAUAGGCUUGAAGCCGAACAGAGCGCCUUUAACGCCCAAGUUAAUCGAUACCUGCAAGAAUAUCCGCACGAGAUCCUUACAGAUCCAAAGGCUCUUGCUAAUAUUUACAUCCACGCUGAGGAGAUCUCGCAACGUUCAGAGGUUUUUUCUGGGCUUUCUCCGAUUUCGCCAAGAAAUCGCGCAAUCAAGUCUUUUGUUCAGUCUCUUUUCCAUCAUUUAGAAAAUCUCUUUUUUUCGUGCAGAGAUUUCAGAGAAAUUGUUCCUUUGCGUGAUAAAGAAUUUUCGUUGCGCCCCUUUUCUCUGUCUUCCAGAAUUCCAACUGCAAUGCUGGAGAAAAACUACAGAACAGGACUUCGUCGCCUCGUGUACUUUACAUGUGCAGAUGCUCUGCUUUCGCAAAAGCGCGAGGAAAAGAAAAGGAGCCAUGCCGCCAAAAGGGUGCUUUAUGAUGAAUUCAAGACUUAUCUCAAGUCCAACCGCUCGUUUGUGCUAGCCCACGACACCUGGGUUGCUUUCCGAGAUCAGGUGUGGAUUCCUACGCUUCAAACCGAAUUUGGAGCGCUUGGUGAGCAUCUCGCAUGUCGCGCCUUUGAAAGGUUCAAGGAAAAAGCGGCCUCUAGCAAUCCCAAACAGCAAAAGCUCGAUGGAGGUGCUGAAGAUACCAUUGCUGCGAAUUCCGCCCAAUUGCCGGCAGCAUCAAGGCCUGUGGUUUUCAAGACCUUUUCCAGGGCCUCUACAUCUGUGAGCAUCUCCAGCGGCCGGCCAAGAGCCAUCUCCUCAUAUUCCGAUAUUGCCUGA